CACAGACCGCGGUAGACGUCGCAUAGUUUCAUUUGAUCAAUGAUAAUAAUAAUAAAUUAAUAAUAUGCAGUCGUAAUACAUCGUACUUACCAAAAAAGAAAAUUAAAGACGAACAUCGUCCAUAAUUUGAAUUUUGGGGCAAAACUCCUUCGGUUAAUACUUUAAUUUUGGCCUCCCCUAACAAAUAUAACACCGAUAUUUAUCAGAUUGAUGAAAAUGGACAGCUAAGUUAUAAGAAUAUUAUGAUCUCGCAUAGAUCCGCGAUGAACAAGAUAAUUUUGGUCGCGUUGUUCGUCUUGCAGUUGUCGUGUUUUGUGUAUUCCGACGAACACAAUCAUUUGUAUGAAGAUAAUGAAGAAGUGGUAUUAUGGAUGAACACUGUGGGUCCAUACCACAAUCGACAAGAGACCUACACUUAUUUUAGUCUGCCAUUUUGUGCGGGAACUAAAGAAUCGAUAAGCCAUUAUCAUGAAACACUUGGCGAAGCAUUACAAGGUGUCGAACUCGUAUACAGUGGACUCGACAUACGUUACAAAGCUGAGGAAGCCAAAAUGCCUUAUUGCCAGAUCAUAUUAAAUGAAGAAAAACUAAAAGCGUUUGUGUAUGCAGUUAAAAAUCAUUACUGGUAUCAAAUGUACAUUGAUGAUCUUCCAAUUUGGGGAAUUGUUGGUGAAAUGGAUGAAACUAACAACAAGUAUUAUAUAUGGACUCACAAGAAAUUUGACAUUGGCUAUAACGGAAAGCAUAUAGUCGAUGUAAAUCUUUCAUCUGAAGCAAAAGUAGAACUAAAAGUCAAUACAAAUAUUGAGUUUACCUACGAAGUGAAUUGGAAACAAUCGCCGAUUACAUUCAAAGAUCGUUUCAACAAGUAUUUAGAUCCAAAGUUCUUCCAACACCGAAUCCAUUGGUUCAGUAUUUUCAACAGUUUCAUGAUGGUCAUAUUCUUAGUUGGUCUUGUAUCUAUGAUUCUUUUGAGAACUGUGCGCAAAGAUUAUGCUCGUUACAGCCAAGAUGAAGAAGUAGACCUCAUGGAAAAAGACUUGGGGGACGAAUACGGUUGGAAACAAGUUCACGGCGAUGUUUUCCGUCCCGUUUCGUAUCCUAUGUUGUUCUCGGCCAUAAUCGGAUGUGGUCACCACAUAACUCUAGUCACUCUCGUUGUUAUCACAUUCACAAUUAUUGGCGAUCUAUACACGGAACGAGGCUCAUUGUUAAGUACAUCUAUAUUUGUUUAUGCCUUAACAUCGCCUGUUAACGGAUACUUUGGAGGGGCUCUCUACGCCAAAAUGGGUGGACGUAUUUGGAUUCGCCAGAUGUUAUUAUCAGCUUUCUUAAUGCCAUUUUCUGUGAGCGGCGUGGCGUUCCUUAUAAAUUUUAUCGCCAUUUACUAUCACGCCACUCGUGCGAUUCCGUUUGGUUCGAUGGUUGCCGUAAUUUGCAUUUGCGUAUUUGUGAUAUUACCCCUCACAUUGGUUGGGACCUUGCUCGGUCGCAACCUAUCAGGACAACCAGAUUAUCCUUGCCGAGUGAACGCUGUUCCACGACCGAUUCCAGAGAAAAAAUGGUUUAUGGAACCUUUAAUUAUCACUUUGCUCGGCGGAAUUUUACCUUUUGGAUCAAUAUUUAUUGAAAUGUACUUCAUAUUUACAUCAUUUUGGGCUUACAAAAUUUAUUACGUCUAUGGAUUUAUGCUUUUGGUCGUUUUGAUACUUAUGGUAGUCACAGUUUGCGUGACGAUUGUGUGUACAUACUUUUUGCUCAAUGCAGAAGAUUAUAGAUGGCAAUGGACUAGUUUUGCGGCCGCUGGAUCAACCGCGUCUUAUGUUUAUUUGUACUCGGUCUACUACUUUUUAUUUAAAACAAAGAUGUAUGGUCUCUUUCAAACAGCUUUUUAUUUUGGAUACAUGGCAUUAUUUAGUUUAGCGCUGGGAAUCAUGUGCGGCACUAUAGGAUAUGUUGGAGCCAAUGCGUUUGUGCGUAAAAUCUAUACCACCGUCAAAAUCGAUUGAUUGUCAAUGAUCUUUAUGUUAUUCACACCUGUAACAGAGUCAAUACAUUAUGUAAAAUAUUGAGUUAAUAAAAUUUAGAAUAAACAACAUGUUUUUAAAUUUUCACUUA